GUUCAAGAAAGCCUACCAACACCUCUGGUUGGACAGGGUAUGAGUACCCCAACAUUACCGUUGGUUGAGAGCGAUAAGCUGGAGGAUUCGAGGGCUGUGGGAAGCUUUUCUCCGCUAACGAUUUCACCCGCAGUUGCAACUCCUCCGCAGGAAGAAGCUAGGUUGAGCGAAGUUGGUGCCAAUGCUGGAAAAAGACUGAUCAGAAAGACGGAUCAAGAGGAGAUCGAUGAGAUCAUGGAUGCCUUCAGACGCAAUUAUGUGGCCUGGAUGAACCGCAAACUUGAGGAUCUGAAACAGCAAGUACUCAGCAAAGUUAGCACUCCCAUAUCACAAGAACAAGAACAGGAGGACGAAAACUCGGGAUCCAUCUACGCAAACCCUGAUUGCGAAUGGAUGGACGAGUUUGAGCAAAAUCCUCCUCCUCAAACAAAAACGCUACGUUUGAUUGAGCCGAAAUGGAGCGAAUUAGCGUUUGAAGAAGAAGACUGCAAACGGAAGGAAAGCAAAGAGAGGGAAAUCUUCCAGGCAUAG